AUGUCCCAAGGUGUGGUGGGAGCUACACCCGUAGACCAAGCAGUGCUUACCACGGAAGAGCUUCGUGAAAUGUUAGAAUACGAGAGGAUUAUCCAAUUUAGGGAUGCAGUCAUCUCAGGAUCUCACCCUCGCAUUAAAAUUCCAUCAGCUCAAACGGAGAUGCGUUCAAAAAACCUGAAGAGUAUAGAAACUAAUAGUCAGUCAGCGCCACAAGCCAACCCCAAUAAUUCAGGAAUAGGCGAGAGCCCAAAUAUCACUACGAAUACCCAUGAUCCAAUUCAUUCUGGAAACAAAACUAAUGAUGUACAAAAUAUUCCAUCUCUCAAGACCACAAAGCCGGAAAAGCCAGAAAUCAAACCUGUACUCCCAGAAAAACCAAAAGAUCUUGUAAAAGCAAGGCUUCAACUUGAGAGGCAAAGGCUUGAGGGGAGUCUAAAGGAUCAGGUUGAGCAACAACGAAAAAAUGCAAAAGUCUUGCUGCAAAAAGCAGAGUCCUUACCAGACUUUGACAUUAGUGAGGUACUAACUAAAGCCCUCUCAAUAGUACAACCUUCAAUUUCUAUCGAAGAAGAGCCAUCUGGCGGUGCACGCUCAUUAGACAGUCGUUCUCUUGAUGAUAAUACAUUUUACUCUAGUCAGCAAGAUACCCCUGAACUAACAAAUUCUCCUAAAGUUUCAAAAGUGGAUGAACAAAAGUGUCCUGCUCCUGAUUCUGCUUUUGCUUCAUUUACGGAUCAAAGCAAAGCAGAGGCGUCGACUACUAACGGCAAAGACAAAUCUCCACCGGAGUUAAUGCAAGAAAAAAACAGUCAUCGCAGGUCAUCAUUGCAAGCCCCAAGUAAAGAAAAGGAAAAGCUCCCAGAAACAGGGCUUCCUGGUUCCGUUAAUCCUCGAAUAAAUGUUUCAAAAGAGAAAGAACCAAAAAUCAUCGAGGCGAAGAAGCUGGUAGAAACGGCAACAAGCAAGCCUAUGGCUACAAAAACAAAAGUGAGUAUGACUUCAUUCACAAAAUCUUCAUGCGAAGGCUCCCCAGAAAAAAACUUCAGUAGUGGAGUUGCCUCUAUACCAGCUCAUCAUCAAAACUUAUCUCCUGCUGUAUCUUUAUCUACACGUGUUUCACCUAUGACUACAACCAAAGACCAAGCUGCACGUCGUAAAACUGUCAUAGAUGAUGGGAAUCGGACCCAAAAUAAUAUCCCUCGUCAAUUACAAGGGAUAUCAAGUGCAGAAAGCUCGCCUAAGGGAAGAAAUAGUGACAAAAAGAAAGACAAAAAAAAGAGACGUAGGGUCAAGAAUGUUGGCUCCCCUGAUCCGACUUACAUUAAGCCCGAGCCAAGAUCGCCUUCUCCUCUCGCACCGAUGGCACGACCACCAAAAAGACAACGAGCUCAGUAUGCUUCUGACUUGAAUUACUAUGAGUCACCUUCUGGCUCCUAUGCAAUGGAACCGGGGCGUACGAAAGACCAGUAUCAGACAUCAUGGCGACCUAGGUAUUAUGAGCAAGAAACAACGCGCGUUGCGAGUGACUACGAACUGCGCCAUCGUCAGAUUCUAGAUGAAGAUUACGCUCGAAGAGAAACUGGAAGAAGCUAUACGCAAUGGGCCCAUUCUCCGCAACCUGCUCCGAUAUACCCUCAAGUUGAAUCUCGCUCAAGAGCUGUAUCAAGUGCAACUGUCAGGCGACUCAAUGAAGAUGAUAGACCACUCAGGGAAUCUAACAUGAGAGCCAGUGUUCGCCCUGAUGUGGAUCGUGAUCGAUCCAGAUCUCCUUACAGAGAAAAUAUUCCAAUGGGGCCACCACGACCGCCCGUUCGUAUUAUGGUUGAUGAAUAUGGACGCCAGUAUUUCAACCCAUCUACACCCUCACUCAGGCAGUCAAUUGCUCCAUCAAUUAGAUACCAAGAUGAUCUAAUGUAUGAACGAGUGCCCGCAAGAUCUGUAUCUAGCCGCAUUCCUAUGGUCCCUUAUGAUGAAGAAAGCAUAGUCGUUCGAAGAGCUUCACCUACUUUCUUCGCACCUCGACGUGUGAUAACUCAACCAGAAUAUUAUCCUGUUCACCCUGGCUACCGACCAUAUCGGCAGAGAGAGUACUCAGUACAUCCUGCGGCAAUAGCCCCUCCGGGAGAUGAAUACCCAUCAUACAGAUAUCCUCCCGAACAUCUAUCUAUGUCUCAAUACGAGGAACCAUCGCGCGAAAAUCUUCGAGCAGCUACCGUCAGACCUGAAGUUAUACGUUAUGAAGGGCCUGCUGGAUAUCAAGAAAGAAUGAGUAGCGUUCGACCAGAAAAUCCACCCCGGAGGUCUGAAGGAAGGAGAGAUAUGAUCCCUCAGGUACAGCGGGAAUACAGUGUCCGACCUACUGAUACUGGCCCUCGCGAAACGUUUCCCGAUGAUAGAUAUUACGAAGAACCUCCUGUAAGGCAGUUGCGUCGCCCAGAGAGUAUAAUAUUACAGGGAGAUAGCGAUUACUAUGAACCUACAGUGAGACGAUCAAUUAACGAAAUGAGAGCUGCUGAAGCUAGUAGAUACGAGGAUAGGUAUAUUCGGCGUGAUACUGAUGUCAGGUUCCCUGAGGAGGCGCGUGCUCGUGAUCCAUCUGUAUUCGCAUACCCAGAUGAGAUUACAAGGAGCGCCUACAGGUGA